CGGCCCCUGGAGGAGGGAAGCGGAGUCUGUGCUCAGAGCCCUCACUCAUCCUCCCAGCAGCCGGAGUGCAGGGACAGGGGAGAGGAAGGGAGAAAUGGCUCUCGAUGGUAUACGGAUGCCAGAUGGCUGCUACGCCGACGGGACAUGGGAGCUAAAUAUCCUUGUGACGGAUCUUAACCGUGAUGUUACCCUCCGAGUUACCGGGGAUGUGCAUAUUGGAGGGGUGAUGCUGAAAUUGGUGGAAAAACUGGAUGUGAAGAGGGACUGGUCUGACCACGCUCUGUGGUGGGAGAAGAAGAAGACGUGGCUCCUGAAGACCCACUGGACCUUAGACAAGUACGGAAUCCAGGCAGAUGCCAAACUGCAGUUCACCCCUCAACACAAGCUGCUCCGGCUGCAGCUCCCCAACAUGAAGUACGUGAAAGUCAAGGUCAACUUCUCCGACCGCGUCUUCAAAGCCGUCUCGGACAUCUGCAAGACCUUCAAUAUUAGACAUCCCGAAGAACUGUCGCUGCUCCGGAAACCGAGAGACCCACCGAGAGACCCAACAAAGAAGAAGAAGAAAAAGAUUGACGACCUGACGGAGGAAAACAUUCUUGAACUCGAAGGGCCCUUAUUGACACCGGGGUCUGGCACUGAUGUUCUAUACAUUGGUCCAGUGAAAGGAAGUAUAUAUUCCAGCCCGGGUCUAUACAGUAAAACCAUGACCCCCACGUACGAUUCCCGUGAUGGUAGCCCCCUCUCACCUACGUCAGCCUGGUUUGGUGACAGUGCUUUGUCGGAGGGGAAUCCUGGAAUUCUUGCCGUUAGCCAGCCAAUCACCUCUCCAGAUGUUGUGGCCAAAAUGUACAAGCCCCAAUCCCUUCUUGACAAAGCCAAAAUAAAUCAGGGGUGGCUAGAUUCCUCUCGGUCUCUCAUGGAACAAGAGGUGAAGGAGAAUGAAGCCUUACUACUUAGAUUUAAAUACUACAGCUUCUUCGACUUGAAUCCAAAGUAUGACGCCAUCCGGAUCAAUCAGCUCUUUGAACAAGCGAAAUGGUCCAUCCUUCUGGAGGAGAUAGUGAUCCUUUGUGCUGAUUCUCGUGCGUUUUGGCAUCACAGACCCAAGAAACUGACUCUGAAGGGCUACAAGCAGUAUUGGUGCACAUUUAAAGACACCUCCAUCUCUUGUUACAAGAGCAAAGAGGAGGCCAAUGGAACACCGGCCCACCAGAUGAACCUGAGAGGCUGUGAAGUGACCCCAGACGUCAACAUAUCUGGACAGAAGUUUAUCAUUAAGCUCCUCAUACCAGUUGCUGAAGGAAUGAAUGAGAUCUGGCUGCGGUGUGAAACUGAGAAGCAAUAUGCCCACUGGAUGGCAGCCUGCCGGUUGGCGUCCAAAGGCAAGACCAUGGCAGAUAGUUCUUACAACCUAGAAGUCCAGAACAUCUUGUCUUUCCUGAAGAUGCAGCACCUGAACCCAGACCCACAGUUUAUCCCAGACCAAGUCAACUCGGACAUUAACCCAGAGUGUGUCGUUUCACCUAGAUAUUUGAAGAAGUACAAGAGCAAGCAGCCAGGCUAUAUAAGAGACUUGAUUACAGCCCGAAUCCUGGAAGCGCACCAGAACGUCGCUCAGAUGAGUCUAAUAGAAGCCAAGAUGAGGUUCAUCCAGGCGUGGCAGUCGCUGCCAGAAUUUGGCAUCACCCAUUUUAUCGCCAGGUUCCAAGGAGGAAAGAAAGAAGAGCUGAUCGGCAUUACCUACAAUCGGCUUAUCAGGAUGGAUGCGAACACUGGAGACGCUAUUAAAACGUGGCGGUUUAGCAACAUGAAGCAAUGGAAUGUCAACUGGGAAAUCAAAAUGGUAACCGUGGAGUUUGCAGAUGAAAUGAGGCUCUCCUUCAUCUGCACCGAAGUGGAUUGCAAAGUAGUUCACGAAUUUAUUGGCGGAUAUAUUUUCCUGUCCACGCGGGCCAAGGACCAGAACGAGAGUCUCGACGAGGAGAUGUUUUUUAAACUCACCAGCGGAUGGGUGUGAGAUCCGCCACGCCGCUCCCCGUCUUCCUCCCCAUUUACCAGAGCUGUUCUAUUUUUUUUUUUUUUUUCCUAAGUAUGCUGCUUACGAAAAAAAAAAAACAUUUAAAUAAACGUUAGCUUGAGAUGUAUCCACUCUAAGAACGUAUUGCAUUUAGCCAGCUGUGUGCACUAGCCAGAGCACUCCCGUACUCCACCACAGCGAUAUGUAGCGAGCUCUGCCCAAAAGGUCAUCGUCCAAUAUCAGGGUUUCUACUAGUUGUGCGUUUCCGCCAGCGGUCCGAGAGGCAGAUUCCCAUUUUUUAGCAGCGGAGGCGGCUAAGCGUGAGCGAAGCUAAGGAGAGCAUGCAAGAUGUUUAAGUUAUUCACUAUGACUGCCCAGGGAUUAGAAGUUAAAACAAUCAGGUGUACUGCAUGCUUUAAUAUAAAAAUAUCUAUAAUUAAAAAAAUAAAUUGGGUUCCUAAAAAAAAACUAAAUUUGUGGACUUUUUAAACUGUCCUGUCUUCUGAAUAGUGUUUUAGCUGUUACCUUUUUUACCUAUUAGGUCAACUUUAAAUUCUUGGGCUAUUUUAAGAGCAGUAUUCGUCAAGAAAACACCCUAAGGCAGGGUGCCAAUCACUUACAUUGGGUGGUGGCCGCUAUUUUGUUGUGUGAACCAAUACCCAUGGCGGCAAAGUCAGCGAUUCAAUAUGGACGUUAAAAUAUUCAGUUGCUAAAUUGAUAGGCAGCUUAUGAUUGGUAUCCGGUCUCUAGGUCGACAUCUAUUGGUCGACAGUAGCUUGUUCGACAGGGUCUCUAGGGCAACAUAUUCUAGGUCAACGAGAGUUUUUUUUUUUUUUUUUUUUUUUUCUUAAUUGUUUUUUUUUUACUUACUUACUUUACGGUCCACACAGACUACGAUUGGGAAUGUACCUUGGCCGAAGCAUGGCGAGCGAAGCGGUGCCCCAGUUGGGGUUCCCGGUCACUGUAAGGCGAAAACGAUACCAAAAAAGAUUAGUCAUGUCGACCUAGUUACUGUCGAUCAAUAGUGGUCAACCGAGACACUGACAACCUUCAAUACCACACCCCUUAUGAAUACAGCCUACAAAGUGGUUGCCUAUGGGCUGCACCUCCUAUGAUCUAGUGACGCGAUGGACUGUGUUCCAGUGAGUUUUGGUUCACCCGCAAACAUGGCUGCCGCCGCUGUCUGUAGGGCAGUGGGUACGAUUUAAAGUAUCCUAUCCAUUUCUUACCCCAGUGUAUAUUACCUUUUCUGCUCUACGACUAUCGACACCGUAUAGUAUUAAGCAAAAUGUAGUGUUCACCAGCGUUCUGUGCGACAGAUAUGCAAUGUUUCAUGACAAUAUGAAGUCAAGGUCUAAUGAAGUAUACAUUUUUGUGUAACUUAUGUAAAAAAAAAAAAAAAAAAAAAUCAAAAACACAAAUUUUAUAUAAUUGUACAGUGUUUUUUGUUUGUUUUUUUGCCUAACUACUCACUGUUUUGCUUUAGGUAUAUAGUAUGUCUGCAGGUAAAAAAAAAAAAAAAAAAAGUACAACUUUUAAGAAUGUAUUCCUUUUUUAUUUUAUUUUUAUUUGUGUAUUAAAAAAAAAAAUAAUCACUACAUUUUAUAAUGUUCUCGUGUCACAGAACUAUGUCGUCUCAGCUAGAUCAUGAUGGGGAGGGGGGGAGAGACAUUGGGAAAAUAUAUGGUGCUAGGAUGAUGUAACUAAACCUAAAGUACAAGUGCCUGAUAAAUAACAUUUAUUGUAACACUCAAACAAAAAAAAAAUAAUCUAAAAUGUAUAUAUAUAUUAGACAUACAUGCGUGUAAUCCCCCAAAAAGUGCUGUAAACACUGCAUAGCCUACAUCAGUUGACUACAAAUAAUAGAUCGGUGUGCGCUACACAGUAAAUUAAUUGUUUAUUAUAUUUUGUUAGGUAAUGGGAACUUGCGCACCUAUAUUUGUGGUUGUUACAUGAUGCUUAUAUAUCAGCCUGUACUUUUUAGGCCUCUCCUUGACAAUAAAGUGCAGGCUUAGGACCGGUCUGGCACUGAGAUGAAAUAGAACAACCUAAUCUCCCGGUCAGCCAUCUUUAUAGUUGGCUGGGAGCUGCAAUUUAGCAAGCGGCCCAGUGCUAAAGGUUACAUGCUCCUCUGAUAGGGGCUCUAGUGUUGCUGCAGAACUUUCAUUUGUUGGCUGAGGAAAGUGCAAUGAAAGACCAACGCUAACCCUGUUUUGUUUAUAUACCACGUCACGGUUUAUGCGGCCGACGUGAUAGAAACUGUAAAGCCACCUCCGAGCCCCGGCACACUGAAAGCAUUUGACUCUGACUGUUAUUUAAAAGAAGCUUAAUUAGAAUUACCUGUAAUCUGAAUGGUUAGGAGUUAUUGGUCAUUGCAGAACAUGUGCCUCGUUACAGGGAAAUGUCUCAUCACAGAUCUCUAUUCUAAUUCCAUACAUCCUGGGUAUGGCACCGCCAUUCAUUAUUUGGCCGGUUUGUCAUGUUAAAGGGCUGCAUGAGACACCUCAACCGUACAACACAAGUUAAAGUUUUUGUUAUGCUAUGUUAUGAAUUAAAAUUAUGUAUAAAAGCUUUUUAUUUUAAAUAAAAGACAACAUUUUAUUUGUU